AAAAAGAAAACUCCCCGGAUGCUGCCUAGCCUGAGACCGGCUCGGAACUUUCCAGAAAAGUCGCGGUCGUUUUGUCUGUGGGAGAGAAAGAGGCAGGAGAAGGUGGCACUCGGCGGCAGGAGCGGGUAGACUUACGGGGAAGACGUCAGGCUGCCUUUUUUUUGGCCGAAAGCGCGAGGUAGGGUUGCAUCAUGGUGAAGGAGACCACAUACUACGAUGUGCUUGGGGUAAAACCUAAUGCCUCUCAGGAGGAGUUGAAAAAGGCUUAUAGGAAGUUAGCAUUGAAGUAUCACCCAGAUAAGAAUCCUAAUGAAGGUGAAAAGUUCAAACAAAUUUCCCAAGCCUAUGAAGUCCUGUCUGAUUCCAAGAAAAGAGAGUUGUAUGAUAAAGGUGGUGAACAAGCAAUAAAAGAAGGUGGUAGUGGAAGCGGUUUUGGAUCACCAAUGGAUAUAUUUGAUAUGUUCUUUGGAGGAAGUGGAAGAAUGCAAAGGGAGAGGAGAGGUAAAAACGUUGUUCAUCAGUUAUCAGUAACUUUAGAAGACUUGUACAAUGGAGCAACCCGGAAACUUGCUCUGCAGAAAAAUGUGAUUUGUGACAAAUGUGAAGGACGAGGGGGCAAGAAGGGUGCAGUAGAAUGUUGCCUUAAUUGCAGAGGAACAGGCAUGCAAAUAAGAAUUCAUCAGAUAGGACCCGGAAUGGUUCAGCAAAUCCAGUCUGUGUGCAUGGACUGCCAAGGCCAUGGGGAGCGCAUCAGUCCCAAGGACAGGUGUAAAAGCUGCAAUGGAAGGAAAAUUGUUAGAGAAAAGAAAAUUCUGGAAGUCCACAUUGAUAAAGGAAUGAAAGAUGGUCAGAAAAUAACUUUUCAUGGUGAAGGUGAUCAAGAACCAGGUUUGGAGCCAGGAGACAUUAUCAUUGUCUUGGAUCAAAAAGAUCAUUCUAUAUUUACAAGGCGAGGUGAAGACCUGGUCAUGUCUAUGGUUAUACAAUUAGUGGAAGCACUCUGUGGCUUUCAAAAACCAAUUGCAAUGCUAGAUAAUCGAACUAUAAUAAUUACUUCUCAUCCUGGUCAGAUUGUCAAACAUGGUGAUGUUAAGUGUGUACUAAAUGAAGGAAUGCCAAUCUACCGUAGGCCAUAUGAAAAGGGUCGUCUUAUAAUUGAAUUUAAGGUUCUAUUUCCAGAAAGUGGUUUCCUUUGCUCAGAUAAGCUAUGUCUGUUGGAAAAACUGCUACCGCCAAGGCAAGAAGUGGAAGAAACUGAAGACAUGGAUCAAGUAGAGUUGGUAGACUUUGACCCAUCUCAGGAAAGAAGGCAGCAUUACAAUGGUGAAGCAUAUGAAGAUGAUGAGCACCACCCUAGAGGUGGUGUCCAAUGCCAGACUUCUUAAAAUGGUCUCACAGUUACACUUGUGCUGCUUGUCCUGUAUGUCAGUUGUGGAUGAGUGAAGGACUGAAGUUGCUAUAUUCAGAAUUGCUAUUGUCUCUGUAAUAUUUAAACUUAGUUGUUUUUAAAUCAAGUUAACAAAUUGAAAUCGGUAAAACUACUUGGAUCAAGUUGGAAUGUUCAUAUUUCUAUAGCGGCUCCUAAGGAAACCUGAAGCCACUUUACUCUGGCUUGUUUUAUUUUGUGCAUCAUAAGUGUGUUGUGUGCAAAUGCACUGGCUUAGUAUUCAGUGAUUUCUGUUUAGUAUUAUAAAUUAUAUUCCCUCUUAUGUAUGCAUCUGUAUUUAUGAUACAUAUUAAAGAUGUGAAAUUAAAUUUUGGUAUUCAUCUA